CGUGACUUAUGAUGACACUCCAGGGUCUUUGUAUAAAUAACUUCAUCCAUUUAGUAGCCCUGCCAAACUCCAGAAGAGCCGUGAGAAGACACAAGUGGUAAAGGGUUCGCAGUGGACACAGCUCUUCAGUUCGCGCGCUUUGUAGUUCAUCCGCAAAGCCUGCACUUACAAAUGGAGCACAUGGAGAACUCAACGUCAUCACCCGUACGCCUCUCCCUGCACACACAGAACACACAGAACACCGCGGAAGGCAAAAGCGACGGGAACGCGUAUCUGUACAUUUUGAUAGUCAUGUCUUUCUACGGAAUCUUCCUCUGUGGCAUAAUGCUGGGCUACUUCCGCUCCAAGCGGAGGGAGAAGAGGAGGGUCAACAUCUUCACGCGCCUGGUGCACGAGGAGGAGCAGCGGGAGUGGGGCGCGCUGCCCAAAAAGCACAGCCUCACCUUCCCCGCCGCCGUGUCGGGACUGCGCUCGGUGCAGGUGUCGCUGCCUUUCUGCGGCAACCACGGCAACCACUUCGGGCACCUGCGUCACGAGGGCGCGCUGCCCUCCCCGCUGGCGUGCGCGCUGUGCACGGAGCAGAGCAGCAUCAGCUCCCUGUGCUCCUCCGCGGACACGCGCAUCACCAUAGAGGAGGAGGAGUCGGACAGCGGCACGGCGGAGGGGACGGAGGAGACGGCGAAGGGGGGCCCUGAGAACAGCGGAGACGAUUCGGGCUGAACUUUGCCCCGAAAAACUGCGUGUUGCUUAUCCACUUCAAGAUAAAGAGAGAGAGGGGGAGAGGGAGAGAGAGGAGCAGCACCUGGAGAGAAGACGACGAGGUCCUCAUAUCUGAGAGAGUCCAACCAUCAGUUGUUAAACCCUCCAACUGUAAUAAAAGCUCCCCAAACAAUGUCAUCAAGGACGUGGCAUCCACGAAAGAGUGGAACCUGCCAAAGACGGUUAAGUGUGAAAUGUUUUAGAUCGUGGGUGAAGACCAAGACUUGGACAGGGUUGGGGCAUUUGCUCAGAUCAUUUUUUUUUUUUUUUUUUUGUAAUGUGUUUUGAAUAAUCGCUGCUCUCCACAUUAAUGACAAUAAGAACACAUUCUUACUCAGUGCCAAACCUCAGCGUGCCCAGUAUGAAGCCACACAUGCAGUCAGGCCUCAUAUGGAUAUUUUAGGUUUUUUUUAAAUGGGAAGAUAAGUCACAAUGUCAUUUUAAAUGUUAUAUUUGAGGACACUAUACAGGCAGGUCAGUUGAUCUAAAUAUUAAACAUAGCUAGACAGGGUGGAAGUAAAGCAGAUUAUUUACUAUUACUCUGUGCAAUUUGAUUGUAUAUCCAUGACUUUGCCUCUUUCUGUGGUGACCCCUCCCUGCUGGUGCCCCCUCCUGACGCUGCACUGAGAACCACUGCACUGGUCUGGGCUGAUGACUCACCCUGCAGGGGACUGAGCGGAAGACUGGCUUCCUGAGCUGUUUGCUCUCUAACUGAACUUGACUCGCUCCUGCCCACUCGGUCGCGAGUAUUUAAAAAAAAAAAAAAAAAAAAAAAAAAAACGUACCUGGAAAGCACUUGAAAGGUUGAGAUGUAUUAGCUGUAGCUUCAUGACGGACACACACUCUGUUCAUACACAAUCAGUGAGUUAGGUUUACUUGAUGAAAGCAAUGCACUGUACAUAUAGUUUGUAUUUGUCACUCUGUAAUUUAAGAGUGUAGUGUUACUGAAAAUAAAUCAAUCAUUUUGAAUUGAAACAACCUUUGUUUUUGUUUUUUUGUUUUUUCAAUUUGUCCUGUGCUAUGACGUUUCGCCAGUGGAGGGCAGUGCUGUAGUGUUUGAUUCUUACAAAUAAGGAACAUUAAAAAGAUGAAAUGGAGAGAAGCCUGA